CUCUUUAAAACAACCAUUCAAAGAGAACAGAUUAAGCUUGAAAUAAAACGCCGCACAAGUUCGAUUAAUAGAGACUGGUAAUUCUUUUGAUGACAUGGGCAUUAAGGACACGGCGGUCGAUUUGUUUGGUCUGGGAUUCGCACUCUUUAUACGUCAUGGAGCCACGCGCAGCGCGAGAAGAUGGCGAACAUUCGGCGCAUCAAGGGCAUGGUGGGGCUUGUGACGGGGGGUGCCUCUGGGCUGGGGAAGGCAACCGUGGAGAGGCUGGUGAGCCAAGGGGCCAGUGCCGUCAUCCUUGACCUGCCCAGUUCCGAUGGCCUCAAUGUGGCUAAAAGCCUUGGAGACCGCUGCGCCUUCGCUCCCGCCGACGUGACUUCUGAGGCCGAUGUCCGCUCAGCCGUGACUCUGGCACGGGAAAAGUUUGGCCGUCUGGAUUUGGCAGUGAAUUGUGCCGGCAUUGCAGUGGCAGUAAAGACAUACAACUUCAAGAAGGACCUGCCUCACAGCCUAGAGGAUUUCACCAGGGUCCUCACUGUCAAUGCUGCAGGCACCUUCAACGUGAUCCGGCUGGCUGCGGGGGAGAUGGGAAAAAAUGAGCCUGAUGCUGAUGGGCACAGGGGCUGCAUCAUCAACACCGCUAGCGUGGCUGCGUUUGACGGUCAGGUUGGCCAGGUUGCGUACUCUGCCUCCAAGGGAGCAAUUGUUGGCAUGACUCUCCCCAUUGCUCGAGACCUGGCACCCAUGGGCAUCCGUGUGGUCACCAUUGCACCUGGUCUUUUCUCCACCCCCCUGUUAGCUGGACUGCCUGAGAAGGUGCAGAGUUUCCUGGCUCGCCAGGUGCCUUUCCCCUCGCGGUUGGGUGACCCCGCGGAGUAUGCCCAUCUGGUGACCUCACUGGCUGAGAAUCCUAUGAUCAACGGGGAGGUGAUUCGCCUGGAUGGAGCCCUUCGCAUGCAGCCGUAGAGACUUGGGGAACUUCUUGAUGGGGACUACAGUUCUUUGGUCAACCAGCAAACAAGAACGUAUGAUGGUCAGGGUUACUGGUUCUCAGAAUUGUGGGUAUCAUGAAAGCAGUAAAGCUUUGAAAAAUGUCCUACAAAUGCUAGUAGUGUAAUUUCUGGCAUGUGUCUAUAAUUGAGUUCCUAAGGUGCUGAAAUUAAAAAUGAUGGCAUGGAAUGAUGAUAAUGAUGUACUGUACAUGAGCAGAUAAGCUAAAUUAAUCUAAACUUUAAGUCCUUCAGAAAUUCAGAAGGAGCAUCUGGACAGCUGCGAAGUUAGUGGAAGAAGUUGUGAAUGUUCCAGAAAGACUGAUUUUAAAACAGAAAUUGCUGGUCGUUUGUGUACAUACCGAUGAGCUCUGAGGCUCGCAGAUCAGUAAUUCCUGUCUCACGCAACAUAUCACACUUAUCUCUGGUGUAAAAAAAAAUCUGAUAGAAAAAUCUCUAGUUCAAUAUCUUGUCCUGCUUUCAGCUUCAUCACAUGCGGUAAUUUUUGUCUCCUAGUGAGUUGAAAUGUAAAAUUCCUUUAGUAAUUUAAAAUAAACAGAUAGAUUUUCACCUUGUCCA